AGGUUUGAGCAGAUGUGCUGGUGCUGCAAGUACCACUGUGCUUGCCUAGGGAUUGGAUAGACUAGGAUGCAGGUUCGGUUCAAUGUCUAUGGCCAUAGGUAGCCCACAUAGAGCGAAGCGUCAGUGGUAGAGCAUCACGGGAUGGGGCCAUAUUAGACUCCAGCUUAGACCUGAUUAGACCCCAACUCAAAACAGCUACAGAAAUGAUAUUUCCCCAUGAUGGAUACAGUGUACAGACUGAGAGAAAACUAUGGCCAGAAGAGCAUAUAGCGAUGGCCACUAUAGCGCGACUUGUCAUCUCCCAGCAAUGCGAUUGGAUGGAGUGGUGGUGCCAUAUCAGAUCCCAGCUGAGAAGCACUAUAGAAUGGCUACUUUUCCAAGCUGGCUGUCUAGUACAGAGGCUGUAUGGCUGUAUGGCUGUAGGCAGACCAUAUAAAGCAUGAGAUGGGAUGGCUUGAGAUGGGACCAUAUCAGACCCUAAUUGUGACAUAGACAAACGUACUUGUCGGUUUCCUUUCAGGCUGUACAGACAGAGGUAGCCUUCAGAAGUGAGCUCUGCGGCUCUAGGCACCUAUAGAACGAAACAUCGGCAGCCCUACAGAACAAAGUGUCAGGGUGUGCCACAGCGGGUCGGGAUGCCAUCCCAGUGCGAGCCACUCCAUCUGAGGGGCGGUUUCUGCCUAGCGUGGCGUCCAAUCUCAGCUGCGACAAUCACGAGCGCUUCUGGCCGCUCUCACGCGCUUCUGAAGUGCUGUGGGAUAGGGGUGCUCUGCUCAUGGGACGAGAUGCCAUCCCAGAGCGAGUCACUCCAUCGGAGGGGCGGCUUCUGCCUCUCUCUCUGCCUCGCCUCUCCUCCCUGCCUUGCCUCUCCUCUCUACCUUGCCUCCCCUCCCAGCCACGCGUCCCCUCCCUGCCAGGUAACCUCCUGCCACACAUGGCUGCCAUGGAAGCGCUCUGUCGCUUUGUUCUCACGGCCCGUCACCCUGCAUGUGUUUCUUUCUUUGUUGCAGGCCGCUUCUGCCUGGUGUGGCACUGUGAUGGCAAGGGCAUGCCAUUUGCAACGUGGAAGUUUGAGAUCUUCCUCGCUGCCGCCUUGUGGAAGUUCGUCACUGGGCAGGAGCUGCGUGUGUAUCCCUACCUUCUCGCCUACGCCCUGUACGGGUGAGGUCCUGCUACGAUGAAGGCGUCAUCCACUUCAAACCAAAGUAGUAAAUUCGCACUAAUGGCUAAAUGGUGCUAAAGGUUUUCCACCCCUAUCCUUGCAUGAAGUGCUCAAAUUACACCGUUCAAUCAGCCAUAUCUCCCUCCUCCCUUCUCCAUUGGGUCCCAAAUUUGAAGGCGCCAACCACUUGAAACUGCUUUAGAAAAUUCGUGCCUUAAUGGCGCUAAAUUCUAUCCACCCCUAUCCUUGCAUGAAAUGCCCAUAUGAUAUCAAUCAAACAGUCAUUGCUCC